AUGUACCAAAAAAUUAGUGAAGAUAAUUAUUUAAACGAAUAAAUAUUAUCUCCAAUUCGUGUAUCAUACAACAUAAAAGAAGAUAAUGAAAACUCUAAUUUCACUAUUACUUAAAUAUACGCUGAAAAUUAGUCAUUUGAAUUAGAUUAAUAAAAUAAGCUAGACUAAGACACAUGGUAACUAGUUUUUAAAAAGAAAAAAUUUGAAAUCAUAAUACCUGACUUUGCACCAAAAUAUUGCAAAUGCAAAAAUACAAAAUGCAUAAUUAAAAUAGAUCCGAGCUUGAAAUUUUUGUACUAUUCUUGUCCAUUAUUUUAUCCUUCUUAAUCAAAAGGUUGUAAAUACUACAACUUUUUCGAAUAUGAUUAAAUAAUGUAUUUGAAAUUACACCACUCAAAUAAAAUUCCAAAUGAAGUAUUUGACAAUAUGAAGAUUAAAAAAAAUUAAAAAUAUUAUAUUUAUAGCUUUGAUAAAGAAAAAGGUAGAAAAAAGGAAAAGAUUUGA